GUCCAUUCCAUAAAAAAAAGAUUCGCAUCAGAGAACGAAUUGCAACACCAUGAAAAUAUUUCCCCCUAAAGUGCUUCUAAGUACAUUUUUUCCGCUGUUUAUCCUUCACCCUUCUUGCCAUUCACUUGACACCAUAACCCCAAAUCACCCCAUGAAAGACGGCGACGUCUUGGUUUCCAACAACAGAGGAAACUUUGCACUUGGGUUCUUCAGCAUGGGAAAUUCUACAAGCAGAUACGUUGGGAUUUGGUACAACAAAAUUUCAGAACAAACAAUUGUGUGGGUUGCUAACAGAGACACUCCCCUGAAUGACACUUCCGGUGUUCUCUCCAUCAACAACCACGGAAACCUCGUACUCCAUCACCACCGCGACAUGAACCUAUACCUUAACCCAGUUUGGUCCACAAACGUUUCCACCUCAUCUAGCAACGCUUCAGCUAAGCUUUUAGACACAGGAAACAUUGUUUUGAUCCAAAACAAUAACAACAACAACAACAACAACGUUCUGUGGCAGAGUUUUGAUUAUCCCAGUAACACUAUGCUUCCGUUCAUGAAGCUCGGGUUGGACCGCAAAACAGGGUUGGACCGGUUCCUGACAUCGUGGAAGUCCCCGAAUGACCCAGGAUCCGGGAACUUGACAUACAGAAUCGACCCGACCGGGUUUCCCCAGCUGUUCCUGUACAAGAAUAAAGCUCCACUGUGGCGGGUCGGUUCGUGGACGGGUCAGAGAUGGAGCGGGGUACCCGAGAUGACUCCGAACUUCAUCUUCAACGUUACCUACAUCGACAAUGCAGAUGAAGUUUCCGUAAUGUAUGGAGUGAAGGACCCCACUGUUUUCUCUAGAAUGGUGCUGGAAGAAACGGGUCACGUGAGAAGGAUGACGUGGCAAGCUCAUGAGAAUAGAUGGUUCCAAAUAUUUUAUGCUCCGAAGGAGGAAUGUGACAACUUCAGGCAGUGCGGGUCGAAUACGAACUGUGACCCGUAUAACGCGGACAAGUUUGAGUGCGAGUGUUUACCCGGGUUCGAACCCAAGUUCGGGCGAGAAUGGUAUCUCAGAGACGGGUCGGGUGGGUGCGUUAGGAAGCGCAACGUGUCCACGUGUAGGAGUGGGGAAGGGUUUGUGAAGGUGGCACCUGUGAAGGUGCCAGAUACUUCAAAGGCGCGCGUGGAUGAGAGGCUAAGCAUGAAAGAGUGCAGGGAUAAAUGCUUGUGGGAUUGUUCAUGUGCAGCGUAUACAACUGAAAAUGAGAGCUCCGAGAGUGGGUGUGUUACUUGGCAUGGUGACAUGGAGGAUACUAGAAAAUACACUCAAGUAGGACAAAAUUUGUAUGUACGUGUGGAUGCACUUGAAUUAGCUAAAUAUGCAAAAAAUCCGCAUGGUUCUCUUGGCAAGAAGGGGACGGUGGCGAUUUUAGCCGUUGCUGUUUGCUUGUUAUUGUUUUUGGGGUUGACUUUUGUGUAUUGGUUUGUAAAAGUCAGGAAACAAAGGAUAAGAAGGGAUCGCAAAUAUUCCUUUCGUCUUAACUUGGAUGACUCUCCCAAUCUCCAAGAAUUUGACCGUACGCAAAAUUCAGAUUUGCCAUUCUUUGAUCUGAGCUCCAUAGCUGCUGCAACAGACAAUUUCUCUAUUGCUAACAAGCUUGGUCAAGGUGGUUUUGGCUCUAGAUUGUCCAGGUAUUCUGGACAAGGUAUAGAAGAGUUUAAAAACGAGGUUGUUUUGAUUUCAAAGCUCCAACACAGAAAUCUUGUGAGGAUCUUGGGUUGCUGCAUUCAAGGAGAGGAGAAAAUGUUAAUCUAUGAGUAUUUGCCAAAUAAAAGCUUGGACUUUUUUAUUUUUGAUGAGUCUAAAAGGUUACAGCUAGACUGGAAAAAACGAUUCGAUAUCAUCUGUGGAGUUGCUAGAGGGAUCUUAUACCUUCAUCACGAUUCAAGAUUAAGAAUCAUUCAUAGAGACCUAAAGGCCAGCAAUGUCUUGCUGGACUCUGCAUUGAACCCAAAAAUUGCAGAUUUUGGUAUGGCUAGAAUAUUUGGUGGAGACCAAAUUGAAGCAAACACAAAUCGUGUAGUUGGAACCUACUUCGGAGUUUUACUUCUAGAGAUUGUUACAGGCAGAAAGAAUAGUGGUCAACAUGAUGACAUUACAUCCACGACUUUAGUUGGACAUAUAUGGGAUCUAUGGAAAGAAGGCAAAGCCAUAGAGAUUGUUGAUGAAUCAUUAGGAGAUGACUCGACUCUUCCUACUCCAAAACACCCAGCAUUUAUUUUCAAGAGAAGUAAUUAUGAGAGGUCAAAUCCAUCAACAAGUGAAGGAAUUUGUUCAGUAAAUGAUGUAAGCAUGACUAUGAUCGUGCUCCUUUACCGUUGUUGCCACUCACUUGACACCAUAACCCCAAACCACCCCAUGAAAGACGGCGACAUUUUGGUUUCCAACAACAGAGGAAACUUUGCACUUGGGUUCUUCAGCAUGGGAAAUUCUACAAGCAGAUACGUUGGGAUUUGGUACAACAAAAUUUCAGAACAAACAAUUGUGUGGGUUGCUAACAGAGACACUCCCCUGAAUGACACUUCCGGUGUUCUCUCCAUCAACAACCACGGAAACCUCGUACUCCACCACCACCGCGACAUGAACCUAUACCUUAACCCAGUUUGGUCCACAAACGUUUCCACCUCAUCUAGCAACGCUUCAGCUAAGCUUUUAGACACAGGAAACAUUGUUUUGAUCCAAAACAAUAACAACAACCACAACAACAACGUUCAGUGGCAGAGUUUUGAUUAUCCCAGUAACACUCUGCUUCCGUUGAUGAAGCUCGGGUUGGACCGCAAAACAGGGUUGGACCGGUUCCUGACAUCGUGGAAGUCCCCGAAUGACCCAGGAUCCGGGAACUUGACAUACAGAAUCGACCCGACCGGGUUUCCCCAGCUGUUCCUGUACAAGAAUAAAGCUCCAGUUUGGCGAACCGGGUCGUGGACGGGUCAGAGAUGGAGCGGGGUACCCGAGAUGACUCCGAUCUUCAUCUUCAACGUUACCUACAUCGACAAUGCAGAUGAAGUUUCCAUAAUGUAUGAGGUGAAGGACCCCACUGUUUUCUCUAGAAUGGUGCUGGAAGAAACGGGUCACGUGAGAAGGAUGACAUGGCAACCUCGUGAGAAUAGAUGGUUCCAAAUCUGGUAUGCUCCGAAGGAGGAAUGUGACAACUUCAGGCAGUGCGGGUCGAACACGAACUGUGACCCGUACAACGCGGACAAGUUUGAGUGCGAGUGUUUACCCGGGUUCGAACCCAAGUUCGGGCGAGAAUGGUAUCUCAGAGACGGGUCGGGUGGGUGCGUUAGGAAGCGCAACGUGUCCACUUGUCGAAGCGGAGAAGGGUUUGUGAAGGUGGCACCUGUGAAGGUGCCAGAUACUUCAAAGGCGCGUGUGGAUGCGAUGCUAAGCAAGAAAGAGUGCAGUGAUAAAUGCUUGAGGGAUUGUUCAUGUGCAGCGUAUACAACUGAAAAUGAGAGCUCCGAGAGUGGGUGUGUUACUUGGCAUGGUAACAUGGAGGAUACGAGAAAAUACACAGAAUUGGGACAAAAUUUGUAUGUACGUGUCGAUGCACUCGAAUUAGCUAAAUAUGCAAAAAAUCCGCAUGGUUCUCUUGGCAAGAAGGGGAAGGUGGCGAUUUUAGCCGUUGCUGUUUGCUUGUUAUUGUUUUUGGGGUUGACUUUUGUGUAUUGGUUUGUAAAAGCCAGGAAACAAAGUAAGGAUCGCAAAUAUUCCUUUCGUCUUAGUUUGGAUGACUCUCCCAAUCUACAAGAAUUUGACCGUACGCAAAAUUCAGAUUUGCCAUUCUUUGAUCUGAGCUCCAUAGCUGCUGCAACAGACAAUUUCUCUAUUGCUAACAAGCUUGGUCAAGGUGGUUUUGGCUCUGUUUAUAAGGGUCUACUGAGUAACGGAGUGGCAAUAGCAGUGAAGAGAUUGUCAAGAUAUUCUGGACAAGGUAUAGAAGAGUUUAAAAACGAGGUUGUUUUGAUUUCAAAGCUCCAACACAGAAAUCUUGUGAGGAUCUUGGGUUGCUGCAUUCAAGGAGAGGAGAAAAUGUUAAUCUAUGAGUAUUUGCCAAAUAAAAGCUUGGACUUUUUUAUUUUUGAUGAAUCUAAAAGGUUACAGCUAGACUGGAAAAAACGAUUUGAUAUCAUCUGUGGGGUUGCUAGAGGGAUCUUAUACCUUCAUCACGAUUCAAGAUUAAGAAUCAUUCACAGAGACCUAAAGGCCAGCAAUGUUUUGCUGGACUCUGUAUUGAACCCAAAAAUUGCAGAUUUUGGUAUGGCUAGAAUAUUUGGUGGAGACCAAAUUGAAGCAAACACAAAUCGUGUUGUUGGAACCUAUGGCUAUAUGUCCCCAGAAUAUGCCAUGGAAGGACAAUUUUCGAUAAAGUCUGAUGUAUACAGCUUCGGAGUUUUACUUCUAGAAAUUGUUACAGGCAGAAAGAAUAGUGGUCAACAUGAUGACAUUACAUCCACGACUUUAGUUGGACAUAUAUGGGAUCUAUGGAGAGAAGGCAAAGCCAUAGAGAUUGUUGAUGAAUCAUUAGGAGAGUCAUGUUCCGACCAUGAAAUCCAAAGAUGCAUACAAAUUGGGCUUUUAUGUGUACAAGAUUAUGCUGUAGACAGGCCAUCUAUGUCAGCAGUUGUUUCCAUGUUGGGUAGUGACUCAACUCUUCCUACUCCAAAGCACCCAGCAUUUAUUUUCAAGAGAAGUAAUUAUGAGAGUUCAAAUCCAUCAACCAGUGAAGGAAUUUAUUCAGUAAAUAGGGUAACUAUGACUCUGCUCGAACCUCGCUAAAGGCGAAGGCUCUCAGAAUUGUAUGUGGAGGUAUGGUAGGCUAUUUUAUGACAUUAGUUUUGUGAAUUGAACAUCACUAAGGUUUGCUACAAAUAUUGUCUGUGAUAAAUAAUAAUACACAUAUUACUCCAUUCAAAGCGAUAAUGUAAAAUCAGGGGUGAUAAGGAGCAAUUAUUAAACUCAAACUCCCUUCCGGGUGCUUUUGUCACGUGAAAAUUCUGCUUGGAUUCCCCUUCGAACAUCAAAGGUGGAAAACUGUUUUCAUGAUAAAUGGGUUCGAAUAUAUUUUUAAAUUCUU